AUGGCUUUGGAGACGGUGAGAGUGGUAGUGCGCUGCAGGCCAAGCAACAGCCGCGAGAAGGACCUGAACUGCAAGGUGGUGGUCUCCAUGGACAGUGCCCGCGGCCAGUGUUUCAUCCAGAAGCCUGGGGCUCCCGGCGAGCCACCAAAACAGUUCACUUUCGACGGCGUCUUUUACAUAGACAGCACCACCGAGCAGCUGUACAAUGAGAUCGCCUAUCCGCUGGUGGAGGGUGUCACUGAAGGCUACAAUGGAACAAUAUUUGCCUAUGGACAGACAGGAAGUGGGAAAUCAUUUACCAUGCAAGGCAUUUCUUCUCCAACAUCACAACGAGGAGUUAUCCCUAGAGCUUUUGAACAUAUUUUUGAGAGUAUCCAGUGUACGGAAAAUACCAAGUUCCUGGUGAGGGCUUCAUAUUUGGAGAUUUACAAUGAAGAGAUACGUGAUCUUCUGGGAAAAGACACAAAACAGAAACUAGAGCUCAAGGAGCAUCCAGAGAAGGGUAUUUUCGUAAAGGACCUCUCCAUGCACACUGUGCAUAGUGUCAUAGAGUGUGAAAAAAUCAUGGAUAUUGGCUGGGGCAAUCGCGCCGUGGGAUACACCCUCAUGAACAAAGAUUCAUCACGUUCACAUUCCAUAUUCACCAUUCAUUUGGAGAUGUGCUCAGUAGAUGACAAUGGGAAGGAUCACAUCCGUGUAGGAAAGUUAAACCUUGUUGAUCUGGCAGGUAGUGAAAGACAGGCAAAAACUGGAGCAACUGGAGAUCGACUUAAAGAGGCGACUAAAAUCAAUCUGUCACUUUCAGCACUCGGGAAUGUAAUUUCUGCAUUGGUAGAUGGCAGAUCAAAGCAUAUUCCAUACCGUGACUCCAAACUGACACGGAUGUUGCAGGACUCCCUUGGGGGUAACACCAAAACUCUGAUGGUAGCAUGUCUGUCUCCUGCUGACAAUAAUUAUGAUGAAAGUCUUAGCACUUUACGGUAUGCAAAUAGGGCAAAGAACAUCAAAAACAAGCCAAGAAUUAAUGAAGAUCCAAAGGAUGCUUUGCUCAGAGAAUAUCAGGAGGAGAUUAAACAGUUGAAGGCACUUUUAGCUGGACAGCUUGGAAAUGGUAAUUUGUCUAAUUAUCUAAAUAAAGUACAAAUGAGUAAUACCCAAGCAACCAAUAAUUCUGUUAAGAAUACUGAAGUCCAUGCUGAAAUAGAAAUUGAGAAAGAAAAUAUGAGACAGGAAUAUGAGCAGAAAUUAUCAAAAAUCAAAGCAGAUUAUGAAGCAGAACAGAAAUCCAAUGUUAAGUUACAAGAAGAUAUUGAAAAACUAAGAAGUUCUUUUGAAAUGAAGCUGGCACACAUUGAAGCUUUUGAUAAGGCCACUGAUGCACCUCCCUUUGAAGAAAGCACCCGUGCCACAGAGAUAACUCAAACAUUUAAUGUUAAAUUAGCGGAUGUGAGUGAAGUAGAACAGAAGCUAGCUAUCGCUAUGUUGAUUGAACCAGAGCCUGAAAUAACUGAACAAAAUAGCAGAAGUGUGAAAGAUACAACACCUACUGAAGAGCAACAUUCUCUAUUAGGUGUGCAACUGUCAAAGGGCGAAAUUGCAGCAGGACGUUCAUCGCCUGCCACAUUAGAUCAUGAAGAGGUACUUGCAAGGCUGAAGAUGUUGGAGAAUGAAGUAGUUGGGGGAGAACAGGCCAAAAAUACAGAGUUGAAGGAGAAACGAAAACGGCGGAAAAAAUAUGCUGAUGAACGAAAGAAUCAGCUUGCAGAAGCACUGAAACACACAGACAGGGAUGAUCCUACUAUCCUGAUCAACGUAUAUGAAUCUAUUCAAGAUGAAGUUAGAGCAAAAAGCAAAAAUAUAGAAAACUUGCAGAGAAAGCUAAAGAUUGCUGAGAUAGAAAUCUCUGAUCUUCAAACUGAGUUUGAGUUUGAGCGCAUUGAUUAUCUGUCUACCAUAAGGAGGCAGGAACGAGAAAACGUUCUACUGCAGCAAGUCCUGGAAAGGAUCCAGCCGUUAAUUCGACGUGAAUGUAACUACAGUAAUAUAGACAGAAUGAAGCGGGAAAGUGUUUGGGAUGAAGAAAGUGGUUGCUGGAAGCUACCAGAAAUGGUUCUGCAAAAGAUCUCUCUUCCAUUUGCUGGCUCCUGUGCAGCAUCAAAUAAGCAAGGGGUGAGAGUCUCUGCUAAUGAUAUUACAGAUUGCUCAAUGGAAGAAGAUCGUUACAGACAAAUGCUCAACCGCAGCGACAGUGAAAAUAUUGCCAACAACUAUUUCAAGUCAAAGCGUGCCAUUCAAAUCUUGAACACAGAUCCUGCGCGAAGUCUCUUGCACAAUCAGACAUCUAUGCAUAAUGUGUCUCUUAACAAUGGGUCAUCUUCCCACACUAUCUCCAAUCUAAAUACAGUGUCUCCAACCCAGCCAUCUGAUAUGCCGACACCAAGGCCUUUCCGUUUGGAAUCACUGGAACUUCAUACGUCCUCUGCCAAAACCAAACGCAAGAAAAACAAAAGUAAUUUUUUCAUGGACACUGCCUGAUGCACGACGGUUACAAUAAAUAUCGCUUUUAAGGUAUUUGUUAGGUUUUUCUCCAUUAUGCUUUUACUACUGCAAACAGCAACCUGGCAUGAGCCUGUUCAUAGACCUCUCCCAAUGCUGCUGUAAUACCAACCGCUCAGAUGUUUGACAAAAUUAAUGCUACUGUACCAAAGGUUUAUUUUUGUCAGAUGGUGUCUUAACCUCCCUACAAAUGCUUUCCUGUAUGAGAUGUUGUCUGUGGGUUACUGAUUGAGACUUGUGUCCUAUUGUGGUCUAAUAUAGCAUUUCUUUUCAAAGCAACACACCUCAAUAUUGUAUAUUGCUAUCCUUAUUGUAGAUGUAUUUAAAUACAUCUAAAGUUAAAAUUCUAAGUGUAAUCUUCCAUGUAGCUCAUGUCAUCAAAACCACAUUUUAUCAUUCUCAAUGUCACCAAAUCAUUACUACAUCUUGUUAAAAUAAUUGCUUCUACUUCAUUCUGCUCUUUAAUUACUUCAAACCAUUUAUUACCAUUCAUAACAUAUUUAAGAAAUCUAAACUUGCUUCCAAAUCAGACACAUUUUAAACUUCAAUUUCCCUCUCAGUGAUUAAUAACUGAAUUAUUGCAUGUUAAUCUCCUCCCUACUUUUCUGAAAACAGUAGCUGUCUUUUUUCGGUUCUGGAAAGUCAAUUGUCCACAAUUCUGAUCAACAGUUAAUGCUUCAUAGAUUUCCAGGCUUUCUCUUUAGUUUGUUUUUACAUACAGAAAUCAUUACCUUCAUCCUCACCUCUAAUAACAAAAUGAAUGCUCAUACUUCACCCACUAACAAACCAGCUUUCAAAAUGCUUAGGUUCACCUUUAUGUUAAAUGGAUAUUCUUCUGAAAUCUGUCAUUUGUUUUAAGUGUUAUCGAACAGUUCAAUAUUAUUGCCAAAUUUAGAAACAUUUUCAAGACAAGUAACAUUGUUGCAUGAAACACCAUGAAUAGAUUUUCAUGUGAUAAAACAAUGAUUUAUUUCUUAAAUGUGCAAAUUAGCCUCAGGUACUCAGACCUCGGCUAAGGACUGAAAAAAAUAAUAAGCAAGAAGUAUUUUUACUUUAACCUCAAUAGACACAAAUUUAUUUCAUUCUCUUUAUUAGGAAUACUAUAACCCAUACUUACCCUGUCCUUUCUUCACCAGACUCUGGCUUCAGUCCUCAUAGUUUUGAAAUUGAAAUGCAUCUAACAUCUUAGAGGGAAUCCUUAGUUUACUUCCAACUUCAUUAUCCAAUCCUCUUAAUGUGUAUGUCUCGUUUUUGUCAACCUUAUGUCAGGUAAAGCUGUGAACCCUCUCUAAAUCUGCUGUAUCAUUGUAAACAAUUCUACUUUUCGCAUAUUUGUCACACUGAGGUGCUUCCACAAAUUAUGUUGUUUUAACUUAAAUUAAAAACUGGAGAUUGAAGCUGACCUAUAGUUUAAAAAAAGAACAUAGCCUUGAGCACAGUCAUGAAGUGUACAGCAAGUGAAAGGCUUGUAACUAUAAAAAUUUACUGUCUAUGCUUCCUGCUAAAUACGAUGAUUCUUUAGGGAAUAGGAGCAGGAAGUCUGGUAUAUAUUUGUUGCCUUUAGUAAUGUUACACAAAUACUGCUGCCAGCAUAAAGCCUUUGCCAAUAUCACUCAUUGCUGAAAUUAUUGUUGCUGUGUUUUUGUAUUUGCUGUUACAAGUAAACAGAGACAAGCACUUUCAAUUCAAAAAUAAUAAUUGGUCAUUCUCUGGGUACCUCUUUGAUACCAAUGACUAUUUCCUGGUUUAACUAAUAACUUUGCAGUUAAAUAUUUUGCCUAAUGUAACAUUGAACCCUCAAGCUUACAGGCUCUUAAGUUUAAUCAUCAGCAUGAGCUAAUGAUGAUCAGCUGAGUUGAAUUGGGCUGAUAAGAUUAAUUUUAGUGGCUGUGGGCUGGGCUAAAUUAGAAUCGAGUGAUACUUUGUGGUUGUCAAAUGGAACUUCGUGUUAGACUUGUCAGGAUUUUCUGCAGUAUAACAACCUUAUGAGCUGCUCAGGCAAGCUGUUACCAUGAGUCUUCACAGUGGGCCAGAGAUGAUGGUCAUAUUGAAGAACUUGCCUUUACUCUGCACUGACAUCUUAAACUUGUGAACCACCCUUUCCCUAUGCACAUUGUGUUUAAUUGUGUAGAAUUUGAUUCAACACCUAUAGACAUGCAAAGAUUACUGAAGUUUCUUUAGUGAUCCGAUAGGAAAUCUCACUGCCUAAAAUUUAUAAAGAGCUAUUAAGAGAAGGAAGAUGAAUUAGCUAACCUCCAAUGAAUCAGAGUCAUUAGGCUGCUGUAGUUGGUCACAGCUCUGUAGGUGAGGGAAUGAGCAGAUUAAGUGGGCAUACAUCCUGUGAUUCUUACUGCAAGUAGCAUGCAGUUGAUUCAUGGGAACUGAAUCAAAUUUCUCUCUGUAGUUGAUGCUUGUCCUGAUAAUUGCCAGAUACCUUUGGAACUAUCUUCUGAAAAUAAGUAAAGUCAAUAAGAUUUGCUGAAAGGAAUGAGGCUAGGAAUUGGAACAUGAAAAGUAAUUGUGUACAUUCAGGGUGCUGCAAGAUAUAUAUUAUUAUUAAUUUCACUAAAAGUUGAAUAGAGCUAGACAUGUAGACAAAUUCUAUCAUAGCCUGCCAUUGAAGACUAUAGCACAGCUGGCUUCAUUUUACAAUAUUAGAAUUUUAACUGACUAACAAUGCUUAAAAUAGGAAUUUUUUUUUAAAUGAUGGAAGAUGAAUAAUAAAUUUCAAUGAAAUGAA